AUGGCGAUCCAGAAGAAGCACGGCAAAGGACGCCUUGACAAAUGGUACAAGCUUGCUAAAGAAAAAGGAUACAGAGCCCGAGCAGCCUUCAAGUUGAUCCAAUUGAACAAGAAAUAUGGCUUUCUGGAGAAGAGUCGGGUGCUGUUGGAUCUCUGCGCCGCACCAGGAUCCUGGUGUCAAGUCGCGGCAGAGACGAUGCCUGCGCAAAGCCUGAUUGUCGGAGUCGACCUGGCUCCCAUUAAACCCAUCCCUCGGGUUAUCUCCUUCCAAAGUGAUAUCACCACGGACAAAUGCCGAGCAACUAUCCGACAGCACUUCAAACACAUGAAAGCGGACACGGUGCUGCAUGACGGGGCACCCAAUGUCGGUGUGGCCUGGGUACAAGACGCUUUCUCGCAAGCGGAAUUGGUCCUGCAGUCGAUGAAAUUGGCAACGGAGUUUCUGAAAGAAGGAGGAACGUUUGUCACAAAGGUUUUCAGGUCGAAGGACUACAACGCGCUGCUCUGGGUGUUCAAACAGCUAUUUACGUCGGUCGAGGCUACCAAACCUCCUUCUUCCAGGAACGUGUCGGCAGAAAUUUUUGUCGUGUGCAGAGGUUUUAAGGCCCCAAAGAGACUGGAUCCCAAGUUUUUGGACCCGAAACAUGUUUUCGCCGAGCUACAGGAUCCCACACCGAACAAUGAAGCCAAGGUCUUCAAUCCCGAAAAGAAGAAACGGAAGCGAGAGGGUUAUGAGGAAGGUGAUUGGACACAACACAAAGAAGUUCCCGUCAGCGAUUUUAUCCAUACCACAGACCCGAUCGCGAUCCUGGGUUCCGUAAACAAACUCAGUUUCGAGCAGCCCCCCAACGGUGAUCUUGCAUUGGCCACAAUAAAUCGACUACCCGAGACAACAGCCGAAAUUCGACACUGUUGUGCCGACUUGAAAGUGCUAGGAAAGAAGGAAUUCCGAACGUUACUUCGCUGGCGGUUGAAAGUUCGCGAUCAGUUUGGCCUGUCAACCAAGGCGAAAAAGCAGGAACAGGAAACUCAGCUCAAAGACCAGGAAGGAGAAGAGGUAGCUCAGGUCGAGUCGAUGGAAGACGAACUCAAACUUCAAGAAGAACUGCAGAGAUUAAAGGAUCAAGACACGAAGGAAAAGAAGAGGGAGCGACGGAAAGAAAACGAAAGGAAGCGAAAAGAGAUUGUCCGCAUGCAGAUGCACAUGACUGCACCGUUUGACAUUGGAUUGGAACAGAGUGGGCCCGGAGCCGAAGGGUCCAUGUUCAGCAUUAAGGCUGCUGAUAAAGUUCAGGAUUCUGUUCCGACCGCCGACGACAUGGUAGACGAGGAAAAUUCGGAGUCAGAAACCCCAUAUGAUGAUUCUGAGAGUGACGAGGACGAGGCCGGCGACAGGCUUGAAAGGGAACUCGACUUGAUGUACGAAACCUAUCAACAAAGGAGGGAGGAAGCAGAUGCAAAAGCCCGAGCAAAGCGAGCAAGGAAAGAGAAAGAAACAGAUGAAUGGGAGGGCCUCUCGGAUGCCGAGGAUUCAUCUGGCGAUAUAGCGACUGACGCGGGCUCUGAUGACGUUCAAGACGGCUAUCGUAUGAAACAAAUACCGCAAAGUGAGGGCCUUUCCACGAAAGCAGCCAUGUUCUUUGAUCAAGACAUUUUCCAGAGCCUGGGCCUUGAUGAUGAGGAAGAAGAUUUGGAUAAGGAUAGCGCGAUUGAGAUGGACGACGAUCCCUCGGAUCACGCAGACUCCCUCCCCGCAAAAGCUCUCACACAAAAAGAACAGCAACACAAACCCAUAAAGUCAGCAUUGAAGAAACCACAAUCAUCCGUUCGGCCAACAGAUGUUGAAUCGGAAUCCGGUACCGAGACCAUUCCUCAAGCUCACACUGCCAACCCCUCCACAACCUCUCCACGCCCCGAAGACCCAUUAACACCAUCCGGCCAUUUGGAUGUCGACAUAAUCACGGCUGAAGCCAUGACUCUCGCGCAGUCGCUUGCCACCAAGCAAAUCACACCCAAAGAUCUGAUCGAUGACAAUUUCAACAAAUACACUUUCCGCGACACCGACGGCCUCCCCGACUGGUUCCUGGAUGACGAAGACCGACACUCUCGACCCAUCAGACCGAUUACGGCGGCGGCCGCGGCAGCCAUCAAAGAGAAACUGCGCGCGUUGAACGCCCGGCCUAUCAAGAAGGUGCUGGAAGCGAAAGGGCGGAAGAAGAUGAAAGCGGCGCAACGGCUAGAGAAGCUCCGCAAGAAAUCCGCGCUUUUGCUGGAAGACGAGGGCGUCAGCGAAAAGGACAAGGCCUCGACCAUUUCGCGAAUGAUGGCGCGGGCGGCCAAAAAGGGACGACCCAAGGAAAAGGUCAAGCUGGUCGUGGCCCGGGGUGCGAACAGGGGUGUUGCCGGCCGCCCGAGGGGCGUCAAGGGCAAAUAUAAGAUUGUGGAUGCGCGGUUGAAGAAGGACGUGAGGGCCGAGAAGAGGCUGAAGAAGAAGCUGAAGAAGUAG